CGUGGGAGGCUGUGGAGCUUGGAGGCCGCGGAUGCCCUCCAGCUCGGCGUCCUCCGUCGGCCUCAGCUUCCAGCCCGACCGGCCGGCCGGAGGGUAUGGAGCCCGAGGCGGGAGGAAAAGGCGCAGCUGGCGGGAGGGGAGGUGGGAGCCCUCGCUCUCUCUGAGCCGAAGCCGCUUACCUGGACGAAGAGGGGAGCGGGUUCCCUUGGCCGGCCUUGCGUUGGGUGGCGUUACAUCCAGUCUUGGGAAACACAACUUCCAGCAGCCACAUGGGAUGCUACUCAGGUGCCAUCUGAAACGAGCUCUUCCCCAGAAGGUCUCAUGCAGGUUCUGUGCAGUGAUGGGGAAACUGCAGAGCAAACUCAAACACAGCACUUAUAAAUACAGCAGGCCCGAUGGAUUUAGAGACGAGAGAAUUCAAACUAAAGCUUUUCAAGAGUAUAGCCCAGCUCACGUGGAUACCGUCUCUGUUGUUGCUGCUCUGAACUCAGACCUCUGUGUCUCCGGAGGAAAAGAUAAGACAGUUGUGGCCUAUAACUGGAGAACUGGAAAUGUGGUGAAAAGGUUGAAAGGACAUGAGCGUGAAAUCACGAAGAUAGCUUGUAUUCACAAAUCAGGCCAGUUCUUCAGUGCCUCUCGCGACAAGACGGUCAUGAUGUGGGACUUACAAGGCUCCUCACAACCAAGGCAGCAGUUCUCCGGCCACACCAUGGUGGUCACUGGAUUGGCUGUGAGUCCAGACACAUCACAGCUGUGCACUGGCUCUCGUGACAACACCCUGCUUCUGUGGGACGUGGGGACCGGACAGUGUGCGGAGAGAGCGUCAGUCUCCAGGAACCUGGUCACUCACCUGUGCUGGGUCCCCAGAGAACCUUAUAUACUCCAGACCUCUGAAGAUAAAACCAUCAGAUUAUGGGACAGUCGGGGGCUGCAGGUAGCUCAUAUAUUUCCCGCAAAGCAGCACAUCCAGACCUACUGCGAGGUCAGUGAGGAUGGACACAAGUGUAUCUCCUGCAGCAGCGGCUUUGGAGGGGAAGGCUGUGAAGCCACGUUGUGGGACAUAAGGCAGACGCGGAACAGAAUCUGUGAGUACGAGGGGCACUUCCAGACUGUAGCAUCCUGUGUCUUCCUCCCAAGAGCAUUAGCCUUGAUGCCUGUGAUUGCUACCUCAUCGCAUGACUGCAAGGUGAAGAUCUGGAACCAAGACAGUGGAGCCCUUGAAUCUGUGAUGGCCUCUGACUUGGUUUGACCAACAGAAUGCAGAAGAACGAAUGCUAUGCAAGUCUGAGGCUCAGCCUUAGGGAGAGCUUGCAGCUUCACUUUCACCCUCUUGGAAUGCUACUUCGAGGCUGCCACGUCAGGGAGUGACCUAGGCCCUGUGGAGAAGAACCCUGUACCACCACACAUGUGAACAAGGUCACCUUGGACCUUCCAGCCCUGCCAAACCUGCAGCUGAAUGCAGCCAUAGAUGAAAUCAGAAGAGAAACUGCGCAGCUAGCCCACAGAAUCAUGAAAAACAAUACGUGUUUUAAGACUAAGUUUUGGGACAGUUUGUUACCCAGCAGUAGAGUUAGGUGCAACAAUAUGUGCUCUUAAUUUUCGUCAGGCUUCUUGGGCUCAACAUGUUUGUGAGAUAGAUUGACAUUGUUUGAUAGUAUUCUACUGUGUGACAAUAUUAUAAUUUAACCUCUUAACUACUGAUGGGCAUAUGGGUGUUUCUAGUUUGGGGCUCUUAUAUUUAGUGCUGCUAUGAACAUUCCAUUAGUAUGUCAUCUGGUGAAAUAUGCAGGCAUCGUAUUCACUAUAUAACCAGGGGAGGCCAUUCUGGGCCACAGGGUAGAGUGCAUGAUCAGCUUUAGUUGAUACCACCUCUUUUCCAAAAAGUUUGUCACAGUUCACAUUCCCACCAGCUGUGGAGGACCUUCAGCAGAGCUUCCGUUGUUCCAUACCCUUGCUAACACUUUGUGCUCUUAAACUUUGCAAACCUCAGGUUUAAAGAUGAGUGGGUAAAUGUUGGAGACUGUACGAGGGAAGUGUCAGCUCCACGGGCCAACAUUAGAAAGAAGCUGGACCAGCUGGUUUUGUUUCUACCUUUCUUCCUGACACCUCCAGUUAAGAGGCCAGAAUUUUAACAGUAAAACGUUAUAUGCUCUACACAAACUACUUUCACAAUCAUAAUUUCAUCUGAGUCUUCCAAUAAAAUACCACUGGUGUUAACUAGCACUGCAGGUCCAGGUGCUGGACUCGCAGUCCAUCCAGAAAUAGUCUUUUGGAAACCAGCCACCUUCACAUGACUAAUAACCUUGUACACAUUUAAAAUGGGGCUGCAUGAAAUGUUGUCCAUGAUUCACCCUAAGUGAAAAACACAGGUGACGAAACAGCCCCAUACAGCCUCAUCCCAUUUUGGUAAAAAUAUAUCUGCACAUAUGUCUAUACAUUCAUAGAUGAAGGUCUGGAAGAAAUAGAGCAAAAAUGUUAACAGUGUUAUCUCUGGGUAUCGAGUUUAAAGAUGAAUUUAUUUUCUACUUUAUGCCUUUAUUUUGUAAUGAGGAUGAAUCAGUUUCAUUUUUAAAACUUAAUUAUUUUUGAAAUAGAUAACUCAUACACAUAGUCACAAUCAAGAGUGCAAGAGUUUAUACAUUAAAGUCUCCCUCUCAUCCACGUCUGCCUUCCAUCUGGCUCCCUCCAGAGGUAACCAGUGUUACCAGCAUCUACUGUACUCUUUCAGAGACAUUUCACGCAUAUACUACAAGCAAAUACAUAAAUUUGUUAUUUCCUUUGUCACUUUUAUGAUCAAAAACAAGACUAUUUUCAUUUUGAAGAAAAGGUUGUAGAAGACUAUUUUAUGAUGUGGAAAGAUAAGCGGAAAGGCUACAAAACAGUACAUAGAGUAUGACAUAUUUUAUAAUAAUGUAUGAAAAAAUUUUGCAUUUAAAAUACUUAUAAAGUGCUUCCCUGGUGGCACAUUGGUUAAGAAUCCGCCUGCCAAUGCGGGGGACACGGGUUCGAGCCCUGGUCCGGGAAGAUCCCACAUGCCGUGGAGCAACUGAGAUCGUGCGCCACAACUACUGAGCCUGCACUCUGGAGCCUGCGAGCGACAACUACUGAGCCUGCAAGCCACAACUACUGAGGCCCGCUUGCCUAGGGUCCGUGCUCAGCAACAAGAGAAGCCACUGCAGUGAGAAGCCUGUGCACCACAACAAAGAGCGGCCCCGCUCGCCGCAACUAGAGAAAGCCUGCGCGCAGCAACAAAGACCCAACACAGCCAAAAAUUAAUUAAUUAACUAAUUAAAAAUAAAAUCUUUCUAAAAAAAAAUACUUAUAAAGAGACUGAAAGGCUAUACACUGAAAGGCUAUGAUAAACAUACCUUUGUCCAGAAAGAAUUUUUCUUUGUUUCUAAUUACCAUCCAUAGAAAAGUUCUUAUUGUGAAACCAUAAUUCAAGUUUCAUACUGAAGAGUCUAUGACCCAUUUGUCUGAACCAUGUGUUAUAAGAAUACAAUAAUACAAUUACAAAAACCA